AGAGAAGAGCAAAGCAGAAUGGCCGACGGUAGAACAACUCCGCCGUGCGUCUUCCUCUCCCUCCUCCUCCUCCUCUCGGCUGCCAAUGGCCUUGUGCAGGACUUCUGCGUGGGCGAACUCUCCUCCUCUGAUACCCCUGCAGGUUACCCUUGCAAGGAAGUCUCCACAGUCACCUGCGACGACUUCGUCUUCACGGGUCUCGGUGUGCCCGGCGAUACUUCCAACCUCAUCAAGGCCGCCGUGACGCCAGCCUUCGUCAGCCAGUUCCCGGGCGUCAACGGACUCGGCAUGUCUGCCGCCCGCCUCGACAUCGCCCCCGACGGCGUCGUCCCCCUUCACACCCACCCCGGUGGCUCCGAGCUGCUUUUCGUCAUCGAAGGCACCAUCUGCGCUGGUUUCAUCUCCUCCGCCAACGAUGUCUACUUCACGACGCUCAACAAGGGAGACACCAUGGUCUUCCCGCAAGGCCAGCUUCACUUCCAGAUCAAUGCCGGGGACGUCAACGCCGUCGCAUUCGUGAGCUUCAGUAGCCCCAACCCUGGGCUUCAGAUCACCGCAUUUGCGCUCUUUGCCAACAGCUUGCCCUCUCCGCUGGUGGAGAAGGUCACUUUCCUCGACGACGAGCAGGUGAAGAAGCUCAAGAAAGUUCUCGGAGGAUCCGGCUAAGCUUAUAUCAAGGAUUUGUAUCGUGUGUUUCUCGUGUUCUGCAAUGUGUGUUAACGAACUAAGCCAAUGGUGACGCUUUGUACUCUUCUUCUUCUUGCUCAUGCCAUCUUAUGUUGGUCUUAUAUAUCAUCAUCUGCUUUUCGUAUGAGUCCAUUAUCUUUCGGUGA